AUGCUAUUGGGUGCUAUGGUCGGACAAGCAGACCAUACUUCCCAAGUGACCGAUCUUGCCAGUAUCAACGAAAUCCCGGGAAACAUGCCUGCCCCAAAGGACACAAAGAAGGAUCUCAACGGUCAAACGGCCAAUGGCAUCCCACCCCCCAAAACAGACAAGCCGAGGCCCCACGUCUGCACCACCUGCGGUCGCUCCUUUGCGCGACUGGAGCAUCUCAAGCGCCAUGAGCGCUCGCACACAAAAGAGAAGCCGUUCGAGUGUCCCGACUGCGCUAGAUGCUUUGCCCGCCGCGAUCUUCUCCUGCGGCACCAGCAGAAGCUGCACAUGACCACCACACCCUCGUCUCGUCCCAGAAAUGGCCGCCGCGAGAGCACAGGUGCCGCGCCCGGUGCCAACCGCGUUCGCAAGAAUUCCAUUGCCAAUAACUCUUCUGCCUCCAUGCGCCCGCGGGCCAAUACCAUUAGUCACAUUGAUGGGGCAGCAUUAGGUAUUCCCGGUGCUGGUAACCCGUCAUCUGCACCCCAAUCAGGCCACUCUUAUCACCCCAGCCUUAGUUCUUCAAUUGGCUCAAGCAUGGAUUAUAGGGGGUUCAGCUCUGGACACCCUCCAGGGAACGGCCUUUCCAAGAUCGAGACUUCCGGGCUUCCUAUGGACAUGUCUGGAACCCUUCGGACUGCUCCGGUUUACGGAAGCUUCGACGCGGGUAUCGAUGGUAUGCUCAUGGGUCAUGGUAGCACCAUCAACCCAGCACAAUUACAUUUCGCAGGCUCCCCACACGGUUUCAAUGACUCCCCCUCAUCUCCCUUUGGUCAUUAUGCCAAUGGCAUGCCCGCCCCGGCAGAAAACAUGAUGGACGAGGAGAUGAACUUUGACUGGAUGAACGGGUUUGACGCGGGAAUGGUGAUGUCCAAUGGCAACGAUUCGGUCAUCGACGAGUCCUCACCGUCAGCCAUGAGCACGGGUAGCCAAAGCGGAAUCAGCGAGGCCAUGCUCGAUGGUCCGAACCGCAUCCCCAUCUCGAAUGGCUGGCACAACCCGUUUCCCGCGCAUGCCAACCAGUUUGCCCUCGAUUUUUCUCCGACGACGUUGAACGAGCUGGGGAUCCCACCAGAGACCGUAUCGCCCAAGUCUUUAUUGGCCCAGAAUCCGUUUGCUGAGACGUAUGCUACCCCUCCAUCUAUGACCUCGGUCGGCCAACCCAUCGUGGGUGGACAUUCGCAGAGUAUGUUUCCAUCCUCUCUGGCAACAAACGGAGAAUCUCCUAAUCCUCUCAACGUUCCCUUUCCGAAUAGUGCCCUUCGAAAUCAACAUUCCCCAGUCUCAACGGAUACAUUUACAGACUCCACACGACAGGCUCUAUUAGCGAGCAUGUCGACCCCAACUGGCUUCAAUCAUCGCAAGUAUUCCCAGCCCGCAUCUGGUCUUCUAAACAGUCGCGAGCUGUUUCGCUCCUCUACUGCCUUCAACACCUCCGGCCAAUUACCUAGCACCUCCGAUUUGCAACGCUACAUCUCGGCCUACAUUACCUAUUUCCAUCCCCAUAUCCCGUUUCUCCAUAUCCCGACUCUGAACUUUCAAGCACCCGAGUACACGAAUAACCUGCGCACGCCGAGUGGACAUCUUAACCUCAGCUCAACCGGCGUCGCGGGAGGCGGCGGCUGUCUAAUUCUUUCUAUGGCUGCAAUCGGUGCCUUGUACGAAUAUGACACCGCUGCCUCCAAGGAUCUCUUCGAAGCCGCGAAAAAGAUGAUCCAGUUGUAUCUCGAAGAACGACGAAAGGCCGACAUGUCUGCAGCACUCAAUCGGUCGAACUCCUCGCGCGAUAACUCCGUUCACAACACUCCUCUCUGGCUGGUACAAGCCAUGCUCUUGAAUGUCAUAUACGGCCACACCUGCGGCGACAAGACCUCUGCAGACAUUGCCAGUACGCAUUGUGCUGCAUUAGUCAGUCUCGCACGUGCAGCCGAAUUGACGCAUCACCUGGAUCCUAAGAAUUUGCCGCAGGAUCAUCUCAGUGCAGCAACUAGCGGAAACGAUCGAAGUGACACCGACAAUUGGAUGUCUCCUUCGUUCAAUCAACCGAAAGAGCGAAGAGAGUGGCUGAACUGGAAGGUCGUUGAGGAACGCAAGCGUACCCUCUAUGCCAUCUUCGUUCUUUCCAGCUUCCUUGUUUCCGCUUAUAAUCAUGCCCCUGCACUCACCAAUUCAGAAAUUCGUCUUGAUCUCCCUUGCGAAGAAAAUAUUUGGGCGGCCGAGUCACCCCAGGCGUGGAAACAGAUGGGUGGUCAGACUGCCGCACAGAAGACAUCGUCGUUUUCGGCUGCUCUGACAUCUCUCCUGACUACUAGUCAAAGGGAACAGAGUCAGUCGUCGAAUAUGUUUUUCGGUGGUCAGGACGAUCUGUCUAAUUCCGAAAAUCGACCAAGUACAUUUGGCUGUCUGGUUCUCAUCUAUUCUCUACACAACUACAUCUGGGAAACUCGUCAAAGACACAUGGGCCGACAAUGGACUACCCAGGAGACAGAUGCUAUGCAAGCACAUAUCGAGCCAGCUCUACGGGCAUGGCAAGCAGCAUGGGCCAGUAACCCAGUGCACAGCCUUGAGCGCCCGAAUCCCUUCGGCGCCGGGCCACUAUCAGCAGAUAGCAUCCCUCUCUUGGAUCUGGCUUACGUGCGCUUAUUCGUGAACCUGGGCCGAUGCAAAGAAGCAUUCUGGCAGCGAGACUGGAACGGCAUGGCAGAUGAACUCGCACGGGGCACAGAGAUCUUCCAACACCCAGACGCAAGCAUGAACGAUGUCGUCGACCCAUCUCUCACAGCCCACAUCGAUACGCGGCGAGACUCAAUAGCUGAUCUCGGUGUCUCCGACUUAGCCAUCUCCAACACCCCAACACAAGACCAGCACCUACAGUCAAUACAAAACAUGUAUAAAACCGGCCAAACAAAGCGAGAAAAGCAUCUGCGCAAAGCCGCCUUCUACGCCGCAGAUUCAAUCUCCAUGUCGGACCGUCUAGGCAAUACCUUUGCCGAAUUCUCGUCAAGAGAAUUGCCCAUCCAGUGCGCAAUGUGUGCUUUCGACUGCGCACAGGUGCUGGCAGAGUGGAUCACAACCGUUCAGGAACGCGUCGGUCCAUACCUGGGUAUUCUAGGCCGCGAUGAUACAGACCUGACUCAAGUUCCCGGUGUCAUGUUACUAGAAGACGAGGAUUGCAAGCUGGUUGAUAAGAUCAAGGAGAUUUUGAGGAGUAUCGAGACGAAGAUGACGCGCCAGGUUCAAGGCAGCAAUUCCAUGUUUGCGCUUAGUGUUAUGCAGCGGUUACCCAGUGCCGUGGAGGGGGGAUACGGUUGUAAAAUAUUGAUUGCGACGGCUAGUCUCUUGGAUAGAGCUGCUGUCUGGCCAGUGACGAAAUUAAUGGCCCGCUCUCUGGAAGCCCAGGCCAUGCGCAUGAAGGAUCGUACCGAGCACUCCGUUCUGAUGACCACUUAA